UUGUGGAGUUUCCUUUGUGAGCCUACAUCUUCAGAGAUGGCCCGAUCAAAGAGUUUGGUGAUGGGUGAGCAGAUUGGGCCUCCAUCCAGACCUUCUUCUCCUAGCCCUCAAGAACGUGUGGUGAAAUGUGGCUGGCUAAAGAAACAGAGGAGCAUUAUGAAGAACUGGCAGCAGCGGUGGUUUGUGCUGCGUGGAAACCAACUCUUCUAUUAUAAAGACGAAGAGGAAACUAAACCUCAGGGUCUCAUUCUGCUGCAAGGAAAUCAGGUGAAUGAGCUGCCACUUAAUCCUGACGAGCCCGGAAAACAUCUAUUUGAAAUUGCCCCAGCCCAUGCGAUAGCACAAUGGGGAAGGAACAGCGAGGCUGAUAACAUGCUUCUCCAGUGUCCGAAUAGAAAUCUAAUUGGUGGUGCAGGAGACCGGGAAAAGAUGCCUGUCAAUCAUGAAGCUUUCCUGCUCAUGGCUAAUUCCCAGAAUGAAAUGGAAGAUUGGGUGAAAGCCAUCCGACGGGUUAUAUGGGCUCCUUUUGGUGGAGGGAUCUUUGGACAGCGAUUGGAGGACACUGUGCAGUACGAGAGGAAGUAUGGCCAGCGGUUAGCCCCACUGCUGGUGGAACAGUGUGUGGAUUUUAUUCGGGAGCGAGGACUUACAGAGGAGGGACUCUUUCGGAUGCCUGGGCAAGCCAACCUUGUCAAAGAUUUGCAAGAUUCUUUUGACUGUGGAGAGAAGCCACUCUUUGACAGCAACACGGAUGUUCACACUGUGGCGUCCCUCCUGAAGCUUUACCUCCGAGAGCUGCCAGAGCCUGUCAUCCCCUUUGCCAAAUACGAAGACUUUCUUUCUUGUGGACAGCUACUCUCAAAAGAUGAGGGAGAGGGUACUCAGGAACUGGUUAAACAGGUAAAGAAUUUGCCCCAAGCCAACUACAAUCUCCUGAAGUACAUAUGCAAGUUCCUUGAUGAAGUUCAGGCUCACUCCAGCGUUAACAAGAUGAGUGUUCAGAACCUAGCUACAGUGUUUGGACCAAAUAUAUUACGACCCAAAAUGGAAGAUCCAGUGACCAUGAUGGAAGGCACCUCACUGGUUCAGCACCUGAUGACGGUGCUGAUAAGUGAACAGGGGAGAAUCUUUGCUGUCCCUCAGGCAGAUGUGCCAGGGAGCCAACUGGAAAUCAGACCCGUGCGUCCACGCAACACUGUGGAGUGGAUCUCUGAGGAGGAUGGAGAGGACAGCAGGUCAGAAAGCAAUUUUCCCAGCCCUGCUGAUCUGCCUUCUGACAAUGCUGUGGCACUGGAGACCACGCCUGGACCUGUAUUGAAAAACGCCCCUCCAGAGCACAGCAGCAAGUUGGCUCAGCCUGCCACCAGCCCCAGCAAAAGAGUGCAGACGCUGCCUCCGUGGAAAUACUCCUUCCGCCAGCAGGGAUCACGAUCUGUGAGCCCAAAGCUGGGCAGCUCAUCCCUAGAUAUCCCCAACCUCUCCUCCAGUGGAAACUGGCUGAUGAAUGGACUGUACUCUCUCCGAGGCCACCGCCGGACAGCCUCUGGGGAACGAGUUAAAGACUCUUGUUCUUCUCAGAGACUUUCUACUUAUGACAAUGUCCCUUCGUCCAGCCUCUCCCUCAGCACACACAGUAUGGGCAGCACCACGUGGUCUACGUCAUCGUGUGAGAUCUCUGUGGUGGACUCAGUCAGCAGCUGCCCAGCCUGUCGGGCCAGUGACUCCUCGGUUUUAAGCUCUCUCCAAACUGAGUGGAUGACUCAGGGCUCACUGUCUCAGAGUGAGAUCAAGACUGCAGAUCUGGAGAACAGCAUCGACAGGUUAGAAGCCUGCAGCAGCAGCAGUGAGCAGAGCAACCUAGCUCCAGCUUCCAGAGACUCUGUCAGAUGCUCUAGGGCCUUACAGAGCUUGGUGGUAGAGCUAAAGACAGAACUGAGCAAACAGAGGACUGAGUACGAGACCAGUAUCAAAAGAAUUGAAGAAGCAAGUGCAGACCUGAGGAAGCAAGUGGUUAGGCUAGAAGAAGAACUGGACCAAGAACGAAAGAAAUACACAAUGCUGGAGAUAAAACUGAGGAAUUCUGAACGUGCUCGGGAAGAUGCAGAGAAGAGGAAUCACCUCCUGCAGAAGGAAAUGGAAGAGUUUUUUUCAACAUUAGGAUGUUUAACUGGUGGGAGUCAAAGUGCUAAAGUCUCCAAAUAGAACAACCUGAUGUACAUCACAGAAAAUUAUUUCUGGCAAAACCAGUGAAAGAAAUGCACAUUUUGUUAAGUUAUACUCAUGUAUCAUGAGUAAUUCUGCAGUGAUUGUGCUCUCAGUGACAUGUGCCCUGUUGUCUUUUCAUGUUCUGUAGUAUUUGGGCCAGCUGGGAAUAGACUGCUGAACAUAAUGUUUGAACGUUUAGAUUUCAGAUUGCCAAGAAAGAGAGGACACACUUUCUACCCACAGGUCAAAAGGUUCUGGUCUCCAUUGCUGUACUUGUUCCAUCUUUGGAUUCCCUGCACCCUCCUUUUGCUGGUUCACGGACAAUGGAAAGGCAUGGAAGGUGGGUGAGACCCGGGAGGACUGCAGUUCUAGAAUGUCACCACAUUCAUUGUGGCUUAGCAUAUGGAUUGAAUACGAGGUUUUUUCCUCCCUACUCUCUACAUAAAGCUUGUUCAGAUAUCUCAUUGCUGAAAGUGGCAUUAUUUCAUCAAGAUGCUUUGAAAACAAUGUCUGCUGAACAGCUGAAAAUACUGGAAAUUUUGACACUUUCACUACGUUAUCCCUUUGGUACCAAACAGUUCCACUGCCUCACAAAAAUAUGACUUAUUAAAGUGUACCUGUUUAACAAUCAGAUUGGCCACAGAAACUCACUGGAACUUUAAAUAUGCGUGCUUUGCCCUAGGUAACUUAUUUUUACUUUGAGCUAAAAAUAGAGCAGCAUCAGCUGCAAGAAAAAAGAAAUCUCCUGUGAGUUGAUACGUAGUGGUCAGACAUCAAGGUAAGAAAAGGAAAAUUCUUCUUGUAAUCAAAACAAGUCCAACUGAUGUCAGUAUUUUAACUUGAAUAGCAAAACUACUGUAAGAGAAAUUAAUGCAGUUAGUGUUGAAGAAGGGAAUGGGUGGGAUCUAUCUUUAACUGUCACAGAACAGCAGUUGAUUUUUUUGUUUGCAAGAAAGUUUAUGGGGAAAAGGAGAACUGCAAACAAUCCAGUAGCUUAAGUUCACUACUUCUACAAAAAGAACAUACGCUGUUAGAAUGAAGUUGUAAUUCCAGGACUGUCACGACUCACUUCCCUUCAAGGGACCGACUGACUUACUGGGGAAGUUCUGCACAACAUUUGGAGGACCCCGAGUCAUACAGAAUCUGCACACAAACCGCUGUUUCACCAGAUCCAUCUCGAGGUGGUUUGCCAGCCCCUGCACUCCAUCGUUUGCCCUCUUUCGGCAGAAAUCUUUGACAGCUGAUGCAGCUUGGGAGUCUCAAAGGAGAAUGAUUUUAACAGAAAAAUGCCAUGACCACGUGAACUGACUAGGAACUGGUAUAGACUGCAGUGAAGGUGCUCGCUUCAUUUAACUACUUAAAAAGAAGAAUGACCUUGCUUUUUUUUUCUUGGUAGAAAAGAAUAUAACUCAUUAUCUGGCAGUAACCUUGGGACGGUCUUUUUGCAGUACCAGCAGAUGCACACUGAUGUUCUCCUUAUCUCACUGACUGAACAGAAGUUGUUUCUGCCUCACUGUAGGGAUUCUCCUUCCCACAGAAAUGUAAACCAUUUAAAGCGAGCAAAAAGAAACAUAUAGCCUCAUAUUUCCUGGUUACGGCAAGUCAAGCAAAGCAGUGAAAUACAACUAAGCUGUUUGGGUAUUUCAGAACAGUUUCCAAGCGUGCCCAGCUGCACUGGAUUCUUUACUACCCCUAUGGU